ACACAGUCAUCCCCCUCCCCCCGUAUUCUAGUUCUGUGGUACAGUCCCCACUCUUCUCUAUGGCGCAGCUUCACCUGGAUGUUACUAGAACAUCUCUUAGUGGGUGAGGGAGGGGGGUUCUGCACAGGACUCAGAUGCGUUGUUUUGGGAUUGCAUCACAACGUCGUCAGAGGUUUUCUAGUCAGGGCAGGCAACCGGAGCGUGGUUAAUUUUGAAGUCCUCUGUCACAGUGUAGACAGACUCAUUCAAGAAGUACACUGUCGAGAAAGAAGACACCAGGUCUCUCUUGACUGGCAUCCUGAGGAAGAUAACCUACUGGAGGACGUGAAAGAGGCAUCAUGACGCAGGGCAAGGUACGAACUUUUUAUUUGAAAGAAAAAAGUGUCAUUCAGUUAUAUAUGCGUUCUUUAUCUACUUCAACGUACCAUUUUUGUAAAAUUUGUGCACAAGGCCUAGAUUGUUAUGUAACUGUUAUUUGAUGCGUGUGGUGCCACUCCAUCCCUUUGGACUGUCUCAAUAUUUGUAUGAUUCAUAGAGUCAAUGUAGAAAUUCAGUAACAAAUAUAGGGAGGGCAUAUUUUCAUAGUGAACGAUAAUUUUUGGAUGUGUUUAGCAGUUGGCCUAUAGGAUUUGACUCUUUAAAACGGCCUGGUUUAUUCACAGCAAAUGUGUUUUCUAAUAUUUCCCUUAUGCUUGAAUGAUCUAGUUUUGCGCUUCUUAACUAGCCGUCUGUCGGAGGUUAAUUGCGUCUAUGUUGGUGAAAUGCGUCACGAGUGUUUCUUACCAUUUACGUCAGAUAGACAGCUCGUUUCAUUUCGGAGCGAACAGUAGGCUACCACUGCCAGCAUAUUUAAGGAGUUUCCCACCUGUUUUUAGAUUUGACAGCCUUUUUAGCAAUAAAUCGAGGCAAAGCUAGUUUGAGUUUACAUAGCCUGGUGCAACAGUGUUUAAGCCAGCUCCCCAUCAUUAUACUCAAAUGAGAGUCACCUCUUACGCUACAGCUGAUGAGCAGGUCAGCUGAUUUUCUGUAGUUUCAACUGUUAACCCUUCAAACAGUUUAAGUUGAGCAGUAUAAAGAGUCAGGCCUCGUGGAUGCAGCAAUUGGUGUUUCUGCUUAAAGCUGCUCAGAGGAGAUAAAAGGACUAAAAUUUAUAGGGGAGAGUGGGGUAAGUUGAGCCAAAGGCUAAGUUGAUCCACCCCGUCACUUGGAAAUGGAAAAAGAAAUUGAUCAUGUGACCAAAUAUUUAGGAGAUGGGCAUCAAUUCAUGGAGUCUGUGAAGAUUAGAAGCACAUGGGUAAAAGGGUUAUACAUUUAUUUCCAAAAAAAAAAACAUUUUUCACUCUUAAAAGUGAAUUUAGUCUGUCAUAAGUUUUAUUAGAAUUGUGUUCAGACCAACAAAGGUCAUUUUAAAUUUGUUUUAAACAUCAAUUGUGGUAUCUAUGAGCUACAACACCAGGUCAAAAACCUAGCAUAAAGGUCCAACAUUUUUAGCUUAGAGGACUAAUAAAGUCAGAAUACUUGUUCUGGGGUAAGUUGAGCCAGUGGCUCAACAGAGAAAGUAAAGGAGUCUGAUGAGAGGAUCAACUCACCCCGCUUCUAUGGUCAACUCACCCCAUACAUGGGUGAGUUGACCAUAGGAGACCACUUUUUUUUGGCAUGCUAUAUUAUCAAGACAGUUAUGUUUAUCAAUCAAUCAAUCAACUUUAUUUCUGUAGCACAUUUAAAAGAACCACUGGGGUAGCCAAAGUGCUAUACAUUGAGGCAUAAAAACAAAUAAAACAAGCAAGGAACAAGAUAAAGCAAACAAGAAUACAAGCUAAAGCAAACAAGAAUACAUAAAUUACACUCAUUCUCUUGGUUUGCAGGGAUGCACAACAUCUUGAAAUAUAUGCAGAUUCACUAGUUAGAGACAAAACUAUGAUUGCCUUGAUGUAGUGAUCCAAAAUAUGAAAAAUGGCUCAUCUUACCCCACUCUCUCCUACAGGGGCUUUUCUUUACAUGAAAUCCAAAAGCAAACAAGACCAUCAGCUACAUGAUCUGACAAUUUUAAUAUUGUUAUAUUUGAUUUGUGGUGGGAGGGGGCAGGUUUCAGCCCUGUUUUUUUACACAAAGUAUACACUAUAAAUAAUACAGCUAAUUGUCAAAAUUUAACAAGGUUUGAAGUUUUGCAAAAGAUACCUCUCAAGCAUGUAGAGGACAAGAUAAGCAAAAUGGAGGCAGAUGGAAAGUUCCUCAAAGGAGUUUUAAAUUUGAUUAAUAAAGCAUUGUUAACUGAAGUUGGCAAGAAGAAAGACUGUUGCAGACUGUGAAGAGUUUAAGAUUAGAGUUUAUGUUGGAAAAACACUGUUGGUUAGAUUUAAAGGAAAUAAAAGCAGAUAGAAUUUGGUGGUGGGUCUUAAUAAGUGUGUGUAAUACAUGCAAUAAAAAGAGCUGAAAAUAUUAGUUCAGGAGGAAAUACCAUCAUAAAUUGGACUGUCAGUUGUGAGACGUUUUUUUGUCGAUAUGAAGACGAGCAGAAGCAAUUUGAUGUAGGUGUAAAUGCCCUAAUAACUUAAACACUUGAAAUGUAACUUUCUGUAAAAUAUGAUGGUUUAAGUCAACCGAAAAUGUGAAGCAUUAGAACUGACCUAUUCACAAUAAAAGACACAUCAAUACUGAAAACAAUAACCAAAGUUAUUGAGUUUUAUCAUUUAUUUUCUGUUUCCUCAAAUGAAGAAGCUCCUGCAUUGAUACAAUUUCUAUUACAUGAAUAAAUAUGUAUGAACUCUUUAUUUUAUGGACACAAUUUUUUUUUUAAAUGUGAGUUCAAGCAGUUUUAAAAACAGAUCAUACAUAGUGCUUGAAGCUUACAACACUGUAAGAUCUCAAAACAUUUUACUCUCAAGACUACAAGUUUCAGGUUUAAUGUACUUUUUUAAAGAACUUAUUUGUACUCACUGAAAAUUAGUUAAGGUCUAAAGGAUAAGAUGUGAACUUUAAUCAAUAACAAAUCACUUUCUGGGGCUUUUAGCUAUCUCUUGCAAACAAGGGGUCUGAUGGCUCCCCAAGUGGACAGGCCUUGGUGACACCAAGUCCUCCCAGCUAUGAGGAAGCCACUGCGGGUAUGCGUACACCCUCUUCUUAUACAUCCUCAAUUUGACAAUGUUUAUCAUGUUUGGGAUUCAGGGGUAGUGAUGGGAAUGGUGUUUGCUCAUUGGAGUUAAAAAAAUAAAAAAUGCAUCGUAAACCACAGACAACAACAUUUGUUUUUAGGCACCAGUGCUCCUUGUUAUAAUGACGCUGAGAUGCUCACAGAGCUCACCUGGGAUGAUAGCAACAUCAGGAGGAUCUUCAUCCGUAAGGUAACAAAAGCUUUUUCAUCUCAUUGAGUUGAAUGUUAUCACACACUUUUAACUUUCAGUGCCUGACUGGGACAUAUCAAAGGAUGCGCUAUGCACUGUUUUAACACUUGCUUGCUUAUUUUUUUAGGUUUACAGCAUCUUGAUGAUCCAGCUUAUGGUCACUCUUGCCAUUGUUGCUCUUUUCACUUUCUGGUGAGUGUUAAACCUGUCUUUUCAAUUUCAUCUCAAUUUCACCAACACAGAAUAAGUAAUUCAGAUACAUAUUCAUUUAGUUUACUUACCUAAGACUUUCACUUCCAGUGACCCUGUGAAGGACUACAUUCAAAGCAACCCAGGGUGGUACUGGGCCUCUUAGUAAGUCAUUUUUUAAAACGCCUAUUAUUAAUAUUACAAUUGAUAUUUUCGGUUCAUGUUGCCUAUAUGUGACAUUUACCUGAUACUUUUGUUCAACAGUGGCGUGUUCUUUGUCACAUAUCUGACUCUGUCUUGCUGCUCUGCACCAAGGUUAGUAAAAAAGUUUAAAAGAGAAAAGGCAAUGACAGACAUAAAUUCAAUGACCAACAGGAUUGAAACUUCACUUUCUUCUACAGGAGACAGUUUCCAUGGAAUCUGAUUCUACUUGCCAUCUUUGUAAGUACAUCAUUUUUAUUAUCUAUCUGUAAGUUAACUCCACAGGUUAUUUUGAACAGAUAUCUUUGAUGAUUAAAAAUACAUGGUUAGAUAUCUUUUAUCGGUGUUGAUGUUCACAAGUUAAUACUUGCCUAAAUUGAGCCUGCAUUUCACAUGUUAACUUUGUUUUUGUUACAGACCCUCUCACUCUCCUACAUGACAGGGAUGUUGUCCAGGUAAAAGUUUCUGUGAUCAGUGUUUCUUUGUAUUUGUCCAGCUUGGCCUUUGACCCUGUCUGUAGCUUUGUAUUUCUCUUGCUCUAAGUGAGGCCAGGAAAUGUAUUCUGAUUUAUAAUUGCUUGGAACGUUUUCACUUACUUGAGUAUCUUCCUUUUUUGGGACAGCUUCUACAACACAAAGUCAGUGGUGAUAUGUCUAGGCAUUACAGCAGCAGUCUGUCUCCUGGUCACUGUCUUCAGCUUCCAAACGAAGGUGAAAAAUAACAUUUGCAUUGAAGCUUUCUGCAUGUCUUACAAUAUUUGAUAUUCUGAUGCAUGCUUAUCUAGGAACUUUUCACAUCAUUGGAUUAACAUACUUUAGUUUGAUUUCAUGUGUUCUCCUCAUCCAGAUUGAUGUGACAUCAUACCAAGGUGUGCUCAUUAUCUUCUGCAUGGUCAUGUUUCUCUCUGGCCUGGUGUUGGCAAUUGUCCUCCCCUUUCAAUACGUAAGUACAACUAUAUGAAUUGCACACUUUAACCAUUUGUGUUUCAUGUAAAAUUGUUGUGUGGGGGGUUCACAGAUAGCCAAGGGACCAUUACCUAAGAUCUAAAAAUAAAUUGCUAGUUUGGCAAAUAGUUGCCAUAGUGCAAAGUGAAACUCCUUAUCUUUGAUCAUGUGUAGUAAUGCCAUCAAAUACAUUCAGAUUCAAUGUAAUAGACCUUUUGGUUCUCUCAAGUCCUGGUUGAGCUAAUAAAGUCAUUUUUGGCAUUUAGGUUCCCUGGUUGGAUGCCAUCUAUGCUGUUUUGGGAGCCAUACUGUUCACCAUGGUAAAAGAGAGAGAUUAUUAAAUACACAUUGUAAAUUUUAAGUACCAGAGAUUGAGAAAAAGCUGUCUUACUUGUUGUAUUUUCUGUUACAGUUUUUGGCAUUUGACACCCAGCUCCUCAUGGGAAACAAACGCUACACCAUGAGUCCUGAAGAGUAUGUCUUUGCCACUCUCAGCAUCUACCUAGAUAUUGUCUACAUCUUCUCCUUCUGCCUUCAGAUCUUUGGAACAAGAAGAGAAUGAAUGACUGCUCUAAUUUUCUUGGUUGCUCAGCUGUGGAAUUAACCUUUAGCUGAAGUUGAUAAAAGUUAAAAAAAAAAAAAAAAAAAAAAAAAAAUCUGUGAUUGUGAUGACAGUGCUUCCAAUUGUAACAACUUAAGUUUUGUGCCUGGUAUUGAUAAGGUCAUAAAUACUACAAAUAUUUCUUUAACAAUACAUGUCAAUAGAUGUCACUGGUAUGCAAACAAAUCAAAAUAUCUUGGAACUUUUUUCUUUUCUCUGACAUAUUGCAGUCACCCAACACAUUAAAGGUUAACUUAUUAGCUUGAUUGAUCAAAAACAGAAACUGAUCCAAAAUCUUGCUCCAUUUCAAGUAGCGUAAAAACCUAAUGUGAGUACUUCACCUGUAGCCGUGUGGGUGUAUUUAUAUCCAUGCCUGCUGAAUGUCACGUCUUGCAAAUAAUAUCACACAGUCAGUUUUCUUUAAGAGGAACUGAAAUACUAUACAUUAUGCAUGACUCAUAAAAAGUCCUGACCAUGCCAAAACAUGGUCAUCCCAUCAAUAAACUAGUGCUGUAGGUAUGAACUGAGUGACUGUAAGCACAAGUCAUACUAGACUUAAAGCUUUUUUUUUUUUUUCUAUUUCCAAUAAUGAAAAAGUCAGUAUUAUUGCAGUAGGUUAAUUCUCUAAACUGUUAUUGGGUAGGUGACAUAUUCUUUGUUUUCUCAUUUAAAAAAAUCUGAAUAUUGUACUUGCUGUAUUUGUGAUGUUGCUCAGUUAAUUGCAUUAGUUUGAUUUUUGCUCCACUGUCACUCAUCUUUAUAUUGCUGCUGCUUUAAGUAGAAAAUGUCACUUUUUAUACCAUAAAUCUGUUUGUACUUGAAUUCUUUUGAGUUAAGAUUUGUUUGGAUUUUUUUCUUUCUGGUUUAGAAAAAUGCUUGUAUUUGGAAAUGAAGAUGUUGGUUCCAGUAUUUAUUUUUUCAACUUGAAAAAAAUCGCUUUGGUGUGGAUGGAUUUCAUGUAACUUUUGAUAUAUGGGUUCAUUACUAUGGGGUUUAAAUGCUAUAUUUCAUGACAUUAAAAGUUUUAUUCUAUUUUUCUAUGAGAGGAAGAUAUAUUUCAACAGUGUGAUAUAAAAUGGUGAAUUUGAAGCUUGUGGUCUUGAAAUAUUUAAUUUGAAGAAAUUGAUAUGUAUUAUUUAUCAUCCUGCAUUUCACCUUAUUAUCUGUAUUAUUGUUAUGGUUUAUUAAAUGGUGAAUGCGUAUGAA